CCACCAUGGAUGUCUUCAAGAAGGGCUUCUCCAUCGCCAAGGAGGGCGUGGUGGGUGCUGUGGAGAAGACCAAGCAGGGGGUGACGGAAGCGGCUGAGAAGACCAAGGAGGGUGUCAUGUAUGUGGGAGCCAAGACCAAGGAGGGUGUCGUGCAGAGCGUGACUUCAGUGGCUGAGAAGACCAAGGAGCAGGCCAACGCUGUGAGUGAGGCAGUGGUCAGCAGCGUCAACACCGUGGCCACCAAGACCGUGGAGGAGGCGGAGAACAUCGCAGUCACCUCCGGAGUGGUGCACAAGGAGGAACUGAAGCAGCCUGCCCCACCCCAGGACAAGGAGGCAGCCAAAGAGGGAGAGGAAGUGGCCGAAGAGGCCAAGAGUUGGGGAGACUAGAGGGCUGCACGUCAGC